AUGGAAGGAUUUAACAAAACCGAGUCUUGGGGCAUCACGGAGUUUUACUACCAUCUGUGCUUUAGUCUGGUGCUAGUCUCAGGUCUGGCAUUUUUUGGAGUGGUCAGCAACGUCAUAAACCAGGUCGUGUUCAUCCGUCUUGGUCUGCAGGAGAGGGUCAACCUGACCUUGUACUGUCUGUCGGUCAGUGAUUUCUUCAACUCGGUUAAGAUGGUGUCCCACAACUCGACCCGCACCUACAACCUACCCAUCUACGACAUCGACGACCCAGCCUGCUUUUAUUUCUUCUGGACGCUUCUCCUGACCAGCUGCGUGUUGGCCGUGUUCUGCACCCUCGCCAACCUGCUCAACAUGACCAUCUUCGUCCUCCACGGCCUCCACGAGCGGGUCAACUUCUCGCUCUUCUUCCUCUCCACCAGCGACUGCCUCCAGGCCAUCACCUGCCUGGCCACGACAACAUCCUACUACACCUGCAUCUACCCGCCCAGCGAUGACGUCAACUGGGUGUCCAUCCUGACCUUCUUCUUCUGGACACGUUGCCUUUUCGCAGACGUCUCGUCUGGUCUAAUCCUCUUCAUCACCAUCGAGCGUUGCUUGUGUGUUGUCAUACCGUUCUCCUUCAAUGCCAGCUGUACCUUCAAAAAGACGAGAUUCGUUGUUUAUUUUAUCAUAAGUUUCGUCGUCAUAAACUAUUUACCGUUUCUGGGUUCCAUGAAAUACGUUUACCGGAUUUUCCCGGAAAGAAAUGGUACGGUUUUAACAGCGGAGUAUCCCGAUCCUUUUUCGAUAAUGUGCGCUAUAAAUAGUUACAUGUUUGGUGUCGUGCUGGCCAUCGUGUGUCAGGUGUGUAUUUUCGUGUGUGCUGUGCUCAUGUACCGGGGACUGCGCAAGUCCACGGAGAUCAGGGACCACACGCGAGAGUUUCAAGUCUCAGAAAGCCAAACCGGCAAACUGGCCAGGGACAAGUCACCAGGCCUGACCAAAAAAGAAAAACGUGUUGUGAAGCUUGUGAUGAUGUUGGCCAUUACUUACCUGCCAACAGGUGUCCCGCAGAUCCUGUUCGUGUUUACCUUUGGGUACGUUCCGGAUGGCUGGUUUCAUCCCAGUGCUACCGCUAUCCUAUUUUUAGUAACAGCCAACGGUUCUCUCUCCAUCUUCAUCUACUACAACUUUAGCUCGAGCUACAGGCAGACAUUCUUAUUCCUGUGUCGGAGGAGUCAGCCGGUCAAAAAGUAA